AGAAAAAUGAAGAAGCUCAUUCUGUUUACAUUGAUCUUUGCCAUCGCUCAUUCCCUUGGAUUCCCCUCCUUCUACCAUCGUUCCUCAGUAUUAUUCACCUAAAACAACCCAUCUAGGAUAUUCAUGUCGAAAUUGCAUAAACCCUACAAAAGUGCGAUGGAGUAGAAUUGGAAAUGGUCAGAGAUUACCCCAAAUUGUCGAUGGUCACUCUCAAUAAGAAUCAGAACAAACCAAAUAAGGGCUUCGUACUCUUUGGAGAACACGCAAGAGAAUUGAUCUCUCCAGAAACGGGUCUGCAUUUUGUGAAAAAACUCUGUAGUGAAAAUGAAGAAAUGAAAUCAAUCAAAGACAAUUACGAAUUAAGAAUGAUAGUCAAUCUAAAUCCACUCUCAAGAGAGAAAGUUGAAUCUGGAGACUUUUGUAAAAGAGAAAAUGAAAAUGGAGUCGAUUUGAAUCGAAACUACAAAUCCCAUUGGUCUAAAGUACAUAACACUAAUUACUCAGGAACACGACCCAGAAAUGGUAAGAACAGCUCCUGGACCCUUUGCAUUUUCAGAAGCCGAAACCCAAACAGUGAGAGAUGAACUCAAGAAAUUCUCACCAGACGUUUUCUUCUCCAUUCACUCUGGCACCCUAGCACUCUUCACUCCCUAUGCUUAUAGCAAAGAAUAACGUAUAACUUAAAUUCCUAUGUUUAGCAUCCGAGAAUCUCUCAAACAUGAUGCAAAUCCUAACAGAAGUUAGAGAGAAACAUUGCGAGACAUGUAAAAUGGGAUCUUGUGGCCAUGAAAUUGGAUAUCUCUCUCCAGGUACUUCAAUGGAUUAUGCUUAUGAUGAUUUGAAGGCAAACUAUUUUUAGUUUAUCAUUUUUAGAUCCCCUAUUCAUUCACAUUCGAAAUCUAUCACGGAGGCUUAGAUGUUAGAACUAAAAAGCAUGCCCUCAAAUUUUUAGAAGUCCAAUCCACUCAUAACAAACAUAGAAUCACUGAAGAAGAUAAACUAGACUAAUUACUAAGAGAUCAUUCCUGUUUUGCCACCACUUCCACGUAUAUCAAAUAUCUCAUUAAUUUAAUAGCAAAGAGAUGCCACCUGAUGAAUGCUUCAAAUAUUUCAAUCCAGAAGAGAAAGAAUAAUAUGAUUACUAUGUUGAAAAUUGGGCUUAAGCCAUUACAUUAUCAUUAAAUAGAGUGGCCGAAUAAAGGCAAACAUAACAAUAAUCAUGAUAUAUUUACAAUUUAUUUCAUCAACUUAUC